AAAACAGCGUGCUCCUCCGCGAAUCUCUUUUUAGUGGUACAUAACAUUACCACGCGCCAAAGGGCCUGUGAAAUCACCCCCUCAACCUUUACCUAUCUAUAGUACAAUCUGCUUGCUGUCAUCAAGAAAACCAGCCCCUUUUCUCUAAAGGUACUGUUCCUUCCUGCAAAGAGGAAAGAGGGCAGAAACACAACUGAAACUACCCAAAACAAAACAAUAGUAAACAAAAGAAAAAAUCAUUAGCCAUCAAAAUUGAACCUUUGAAGGCCUCAGUCUUUAAGUUUUAGCCAUCCACAGCAUCCAAUCAACCAUGGCAGAACAGAUUAUGGAAGAAGAACCCACAACUUUCCCACCUUCAACUUCACCUCCCUCGCAAAAUCAAGCCCAACAAGAGUUACCAACUCCAUCGAACACCUCCAUGGUUCUCCUAAGGAUUAUGAGCAAAAGAAGAACAUGGGUAUGCCUGUUUUUUGGUGUUUACACGGUUUUGUUAUCGCUUUCUUGGAAUUUCCUGAAAUCAGUUCUUGCUUGGUAUGAAACAACUUUGAUGAACUCUUCAUCAAGUUCAGCAUCAUCAUCAGUUUAUUCAGGUUGGCCAGCUUUGUAUGCAUCAGUUCUUUUAGGUGUGGCUUUUGGAGUGCUCUCCAUGGUGACAGCCUUGGUUGUGGCUGUUCCUGCUACUUUGGUUACUUGGAUUACUGUGCUGGUUUUGCUGACUUUUUGUGGGAAGCCCAGAAGGACUUUGGUGAUGGAAGGCAAGAAAUUGACUGCUGAUAUUACUGGAUUUGUGGUGAAGGUUUUGCUCAAAGAAGGGAAUAUUGUGGCCGCACUUUGUGCUGUUCUUGGAUAUUUUGCAUUUGUUAGGAGAGGCAAAGAAAAUGCUACUGCUGGUGACUAUUAGAUCUGACUCUAAACAAUAAUUUUUGUGCAUGUUUCCUUGACGAAAUCCAGAUGGUGGUCUUAGACUAUUAGGCCGGAUUCUGCAGAAUUAAAUAUUUGUGGAUUUCUGUUGCUUGUUGGGUGAAAUUUUGCAGAAAAGCAACACUUUUUCCCUUUUUUUUGUGGGAUGGGGGUUUGGGGGGGGGGGGGGAUUUCUGCUGAUGUUUUAUGCUUUGUGCUACAGAGAAUGGAAAAAAGAAGGCAGAUAUGCCAUGUAAAUUCUUCAUUGCACUUAAUUUCUUUGUUCAUCUGGUUA